AUGUCCCACUUCUUGUACUUGGCCCCGGAAAUCCUGCUUCCCUUUAGCCCUCUCACUUCUACAGAGUUCGAGCUGAUCAGACGCAAGGCCCGAGAAUUGUGGCAGGAUGAGACGCGGUGGUCUGCUGCUUCCGUGACAACCUACUCAGGGAGUUACCGGGAAAAGCUACUGGAUGAGGCCGCCUGCAGCAGGGUGUCCCAGAGAGCAGGCCAGCCGCAGUUUGAAUGCAAACCAACACCAUUGCCAGGCGGCUCUGCCUGCAGCGCUCUACCCGGCCAGGCUGCUUCCCAGGAGGCCACAGAUGGCAAAGGACGACUCCCUGAUAUAACAAGCCCCUCCCGGGACAGCCCACUGAACAUCAAACACAAAGUGGCGCACCAGAUUUGGGGUCCUGAAGCCCCUUGUCCAACAUUUCUCGGUUACAGAAGUCUCCGUAUGUCCCCGUGUAUGCAGCCCAAAAGGCCAGGCUUUGCGCUUCUCACGAGUUACAGGAACAGAGGGAAGAGCCUGCUGAGACAGCUUCAGCGACAAUGGGAUUAUGGCAGCAAGACUGGCUCCUCAGAGGACUCAGAGACGGAUCGAUUCUCCUCCAAUACCAGUGGAAGCUCAGGGCGAAAAUUCAAGUGAUUUCAAGAAAGAAGCCGCAGACCUGGAACCCUACCUAGUUUCUGUGUUAAGCCACCGAGACAGUUCCAAGGAGGCUUUGGUGGGGUGUGCACACAGGGAAAACCUUGUUGGAAACUUGCCUGGGCUUCAUCCCUCCUUCUUGUCUCUGCGCGCGAGUGUGCAUGUGUGUGUGUUGAUGGGGAAGGGGGUUUGUCACAAACAUGAUUAAUGUUCCUUUACAUAAGUGGCCUGGCUCACAUUCUGCUUUAAGAACCUCACAAAUGAUAUAGCGUGACCUCCACCUUGGUGGGCU